UGUUGGGAGUCAAGGUGGGGAGGGAUUGAGUGUGAUCCCCAUCCUAUUUAACCCCAGGUGUGAAGCCCCUUCCUCCUCAAGAGCCAGAGCUCCCUGCUCCUCCCCGGCCCCUGCUGAGAAGCCCUCGGGGUUUCUGCGUUCCCCCGUGGCCAUGGGAGGUAUUUUUGGGAAGAACAAGAGGUCCUGCCUGUUCCCCAGGGUGGUUUAUAGGGCCAAGGGCAGGAAGGCUGCCCGGGUGUGCUGCGACGCGGCCACCUGGACUGGGGAGAGACAUUUCCACUCGGCGCGGAUCGGGAGGACUCCCAGAGGCUUCGAGCCUCCCGCUGCCAAGCUGGUGCUGGAAGCUUCUGGAAGCGAAUCUGGAGGGGAGGAAGGAUUCUCAGCCGCCUCUCCAAGGGCACGGCACAGCGAGGUCUCGGCCCCUGCGGCUGCUGGGGACACGCGAGGGGCUGAGCUGUCCCAGCAGCCUGAAGCCAAACCUCACCCCGAGCUGCUGAAACACCAGGGACUCACCGGUGAGGCGCCAAGAUCCCAAAAUCCUCAGGAGAGCGGCGAGGCCGGAGCUGCUCUGAGUCCCCCUGGCAGCUCCUUGCCCCCCGAGCUCCAGCGGGGAGUGACGCCUCUCACUUGGACCACAGUGGAGGUCGAUGUCCAUGUGUCUGCGGAUGGCCAUGAGGAGCCUGGCCGGGGUCAGGCUGCUGCAAAACCCGAGCUGCUGAGCGGUGCGGGGCGGGAGGAUGGGGCUGGAAGCGGUGCAGGGCGGGAGGAUGGGGCUGGAAGCGGUGCAGGGCGGGAGGAUGGGGCCGGGAGCGGUGUGAAAGGAGCUGCUGGGGAACCAGAGCAAGCCGAAGAGAUGGCUGAGGCUGCUGGGGAUGGGCAGACAUCAGAGGAGAUCCCUGCCUGCCUGCCAGAAACCCAGGGGGAGGAAGAGGAGAUCCAAGCCAGCAGCGAGGGAAAACCGGAGGAGCACUGA